AUGAAUUACCAUUUUUCGCUGAAAAAGCAGGAAUUGUUCGUCGACAUAGACAUGAACAAUGAAAGAAUUGAAGGAGGUACCAAUAUGAACAUAUCCCUCUAUAUGCCUAUAUAUUAUUUGUAUGAUGAAGAAGAUUUUAAUAAGAAUAAUUUCGACCUAAAAAACAUAAGAAUUCGAAGUCCUGUUAACAAGGAAGUCCAUGUAGAGGGGGAUGUGUGUGCAAGGGAUGAUACAAGUUCAGAGGAUAAAGAAAGUAAAGAAAAUAAAGCAAAUAUGGCUAACAUAACAAAUAUACCAAAUAUAGCUAAUAUACAAAACAAAAAAGACAACUCAUUCGAAAAAGACUUCAAGGAAGUACCUUUAGAAGAGGACGAAUCGUACAUAAAAUUUAGACGCAGAAAAAAAGAAAAAAAGCUCUUCGUUAUUCUUCAAAUUCCGCAUAAUAUUCAUUCCAGUUCUUAUCAAGAUAUAAAGAUAAAUGGAAAGGAGGAAAAAAGAUAUUACAUAAUAUAUAACAGUUCAUCUAAUAAUAAUAUACAUUUUGAAGAUAAAAAUGCAGUAAUACCCUUCUCUGAAAAGAAUAAAGGCCAUAAUUACAACUACAACAUUUUUCAAAAUGGAAUAAGAGAUAACCCCCAUUGGUCAGAAUGGAAUAUAACCAAUGGUGAAGAAACAGCGGCGAGAGCGGCGAGAAGGGCAAAAUAUAAAAAAGAGAAAAAAAAAGGAAAAAGAAAAGGCUCACCUUUUAAGGAUGACAACUGUGUGUUCAAUGGGAUGGCACUUACACAACAAAAUGGGUUCUUGAAUGAUUACCAGAGUUACCAAGGACUUAGGAAGGAAGAACUAACAGAAGGGGAGUACUCCAGAGUUAAUACGCAUAGUGAAACAGAAGAUGAAAGCCGUGAAGAGGAAUGCAGUGAGGAAGAAAGUGGUCAGAGAGAACGAUGUGAAGGCGAACAAGGUGAACAGGAUAACAGGCUACAAGAUCCCCCUAGUGGUUAUGGCUAUACAUACCAAAAACGUGAGCAGGAGAACUACUCAGAUAAGGGAAUAACUCAGUAUAAUCCCAGUGAGGGUAAAAAAUAUCCUUCGUUUUCCUUUAAUCAUAAAUCUAAAAAAAAAAAAAGAAAAAAAAAAAAGGGGAAGGAAAACAUAUCCCAGGGUGAUAUCAUAGAUUUUAUUUCCUUAAAUAAAUACAUUGGUGAUAAUUAUUUAAAAGAAAACAAUUACAUGUUCAUAGGAAUGGAUGAAGAAAUAUUCAACAAGGAAAAAGAAAAAAAUUAUGCUAAUUUAGAAAACUUUUGUAAUAACAACGAUAUUGUUAUAAUAGAAAAAAGAGAAGAAUAUAAUAUAAAGAUUGAUAUAAAUAUAAGUUUGAGUUUUCAAUUUUUUAAUUUGAGUUCAUAUAAUAAUAAAAUAUAUUUUAAAAAAAAUGAAAAUACACUUAUAACGGUGCAGAAUUAUUCGAAACCAAAUACUUGGUUUCCUACUUUAUCCAAAAUUGAUAGUGUUUAUUCAAAAUGUUAUUGGGAUAUACUAUUUAAAACUCAAAAUCCUUAUUUUGUUAUAUCGUCAAACAGCUUAAUAGACAUUUAUGAAGAAUUUGGAAAAAAUUGUUUUGUUUAUAAAACUACUAAUAAACAGGGGAAACUAUUCCCUGAUCAAGUGGCUUUGUUCGCUGGAGAUUUUAACUUUAUUCAUUUAAAUGAUUUAAAUUUUAAGGAUUUUCAAAAAAUUAAUUAUGAUUUUUUAUAUAGAAGCGAAUAUUUUUUGAGAAGUAACAAAAUAUAUUCCUUAGAACACUAUGGCAAGAUGAAAAAUAAGGACAUAUCGAAUAGGGGUGGCUUUAGCAAAAGCAACUACGAUAUUACGAAAACAGGAGGGGAGAGUAAUAAUGGUUUUUCACAGAAGCAGCGUAGUUCUACAAGUUGUAUGAAACGUACGUACAAUCAGUUGUGUAAAAAAUAUUAUGAAGAUUCCGAUGGGACUAGCGAAGGGAAGGACGAUAUCUGCGGCAGGCCAGGAACAUGUGCGCAUUAUGACGAUUAUGGAGCCAAUCGCGAAAGUGAAAAUAAAAACAAAAGAAUGAAAGAAGCAAAGGAGGUGAAAGAAGCAAAGGAGGUGAAAGAAGCAAAGGAGGUGAAAGAAGCAAAGGAGGUGAAAGAAGCAAAGGAGGUGAAAGAAGCAAAGGAGAGAGAUGAAAGAAGCAAAGGAUGUGAAAGAAGCAAAGGAGGUGAAAGAAGCAAAAGAGGUGAAAGAAGCAAAGGAGGUGAAAGAAGCAAAGAGAUGAAAGAAGCAAAGGAGGUGAAAGAAGCAAAAGAGGUGAAAGAAGCAAAAGAGGUGAAAGAAGCAAAGGAGGUGAAAGAAGCAAAGGAGAUGAAAGAAGCAAAGGAGAUGAAAGAAGCAAAGGAGGUGAAAGAAGCAAAGGAGGUGAAAGAAAACCCGCAUCUUCUGUCUGCCGGAGAGACGAAGAAAGAAGAUGACAGGGGAGGUAUAGACAAGGAUGUGAACAGCUGCAGAGAAAAAUCAGCAGACCUGUUAACUAACCAUCACACGUCAAAGGAAAGCUUCGCACAAAAAGUCCACACGAGAUAUGAGCGUGCAUUAAGAAACAAAUCGAAGGAAGAAUAUAAUUGUUAUUAUGAAAAAGUAAACAAUCAAAUUGUUCCAAAUAUUUAUGCCUUUUCAACAAAGGAUUAUGAAAACGAGUUGGUAUAUUCUAAUAUUCACAUAGGGUAUAUCCUAAAAUGCUUCAUAGAUAUAAGCAAAGAAUGUUUUCCAUAUGAUAAUUUAAUAAUAUUAUUUAUUCCUUUAAAUUUUGCGAAUUUUGAAAAUUGCUAUAAUUCAGAAAAUAUUGAAUGUUCUAUUAAUUCACAUACAUAUGAUGAUAUGAAAAAUGGGUAUAGUAUAUUUGCUAACAGUAAUAUAUUAAAUAGUAAAAUCGCUGAGCCAUAUAUUUACCUAAAGAAUAAUAAAUAUUUUAUAUUUGGCAAUGUAAUUGUAUUUUCUACAUACAUUUUACAUAAUAUAUAUGAUAUUUUAUAUAACAUAAAUAUAUAUAGCUAUAAAAUUAUACUAGCAGAAGGUAUAUUAUCCCUAUGUUUUGAUUAUUAUGUAUAUUUAGUAAAAAAAGAAAACAUUUAUUUUAUAUACAUGCUCAAAUGCUUUAUUUUGCAAAAGUUUAUUGAAAAUAUUCUUGGUACAGUAGAAAUGAAUGUCAUUUUUUAUGAAUUACGCGAGAGGUACUGUUCCAUGGUUGAACUUUUUGGUGAUGUAAAUUUAUUUCACUAUUAUGAUAUGGCAAAAAGUGGUUCCUCAUUUCCAUUAGAAACUGUAUUAACAGAUGAAGUAGCCGAUGCUCAUAAAUUUAUUAUGCAUUAUAUGUUUAAUAACCUAUAUUUUCUCAAAUGCUUCUUAUGUGUCAGGAUAUUCUUUAACAUUCUGAAAAGCUUCCCCUUUUGUAGCUCCAUAUAUCAGUACUGUUUUUCGCUCUUUUUUUCGUACUUUAAGAGUAAGAAGAAAGUUAUCAAUGCAUCCAAGUUUUGGAAAAAGGUCUUCAACGAGUGCACGAGACGAUACAUUGAAAGCUACAAGCAAUUGCCAAAGAAUAAAUUUAAAAUGAAGAAAGUAGACCUGAUUAUAAGUCCAAACGAAUUAAAAAGUGACGAACAUGAACAGUUCCAACUAUUUGAAAAAUACUUUUCCUAUUUUUUUAAAACAUACAUUAAAGGGUAUGGGGUAGGUCAGUAUAUACUAGCAUUCAAUGUACACUUACAAAGAAAAGGAACAUCAAUGGAUAAUUUUAAUUUUUUGGUAAGUCAAAAUUCAAUUAAUCCAUUUAGUUUUGUUGAUGAAAAAUAUCAAUCUAGCUAUUUUCUUGCAGAUAUAUCAGCUAUGAUUAUUUAUAAUUUACUAGAAUUAAAUAAAUAUGUAGACUUAAAAAAUAAUAUAAAUGAGUUUUCUACAUAUUAUACCAAUAAGAAUAAAAAAAUGGUAAUGCAAACGUAUCUUGACAAAAUAUAUUUUGAAAAAUUUGUUGAAAAGGCAUGCUUAAACGAAUUUUAUAAUAACAUAGAAAGAAAAUUUUUAACAUUUUUAAAAAAAAAAAAUCAUCAAAUAGAUCAUUUUUAUGAAUAUCCAGAAGAAGAAUUUAGUAAAAAAAGUCAAAAACUUCUAAAGAAAUAUAUCAUAAAAAAAAAAAGCAAAAAUUUUUUUCAGCUAGGUAGUAACCUAGUCAAGACUCUCAAUGAUCUCAACCAACUCAUGCAUAAAACAAAUGUUAACAAAGGUGCUCUUUUCAAAAAAAAAGAAAAGAUCAGUUGUUACACAGGGGAAGAAGACGUUUCUAAAGAGAUAGGGACGUUACGUGUUAAGGCAUACUCCGUAAAGAAUUCCAAUUUGAUAGUAGCCCCUGCGAAGGGAGUAGAGCCCGAUAUUUUGAAUAGGAUAAAAAUUGAAAAAAGUGAAAAUAAUGAAAAAACUGAUAAAGACGAAAAAAACGAUAAAAAAGACAUUAAGAACCCCUUCGAAAGGAAUUUCUUAAUCGAAGUGGAUAUCAAUAACAACGAAGAUAAGGAAGACAACAAAAUUAAAAGGAAAUUAAUUUAUAAAAAUGAAAAAAAGACAAAGAAAGAAAAGAGAAAAAUGAAAAGAGAAAAAAGGAAAAGAAAGCAAAAAGGAAAAACAGCAAAAUUGGAUGUAUACAAGGCGGAGCAGUACAUAUCAACAGUAAAAAAAAGAGAGCGGAAAAAACAAAAAAAAAAAAUACUCAAAAAGAUACUCAAAAAAAGAAUAAAAAAAAUUAAACGUAUAACAUGCAGAAAGGAGUCAAGGACAGAAAGAUUAACUAAGUACAUGAAAAUAAAUAGAAAUUAUGUUCUGAGGAAAAAAAAAGAAUUAAUUAAUUUACCGUAUGCAAAUUUUGACAGCUUAGAUCUUAUAGGAAGAGAUGGAAAUUUUUAUCUUGGUUUUGGAUAUGCCGGUUCAGAAGAUCUAAUACUAAGCACUGGAAAAGGUAAUCUGUACAAUAAUAUAAUUGCUUUUCAAAAAUUUAAAAAUUGUAAUUUACAGAAAUUGAGUGAAAUUUGUAUAGACAAACCUAAUAUAUAUGAAUACAACACUUCUCCAUUUUACACAAACUGUAUAUACCCUCAGUGGAAAACGGUGUUUCGUCUGUACUAUUACUUAUUGCUGCUGAACAAAAUUCAUAAAAAGAAGAAAUUAUUGAGCGAUUCCAACUUAUCCACAAUGAAAGAUAAAGAGAUAAAUAUUUUUGACUAUGACCAUACCAAGGACGAGGAACGAGUGUGUGAUUUGAAAAAAAAAAAAAAAAAGAAAAAAAAGCAAAAGAAAAAGAAGAGGAAAAGAGAGCGACAAAAUGAGCAUCAAAGUGAGGAGCAAAAUGAAGAAGAUAAAAAAAGAGGGGAACAAAUGAGAAUAAAGGAUGAAGUGGAUAAAGUUGAUAUAAUAGGGGAAACUAACGAACAGCCUGUUUCUUCCUGUGAGCGCGACAAUACAAGCUGCAUGUAUGAUUAUGAUGAUACGUAUAAUUCACGUACUUGUGAAAAUUCAAACAUUGUUGAGAACAAGUUAAAGAAGGAACAACGAAACAAUUUUAGCAUCGUUAUCAGGGAGAAUGAAAAGGAUGAGGAAAAGAAUAACACUCUUCGGUUGAAAGUGAAGAAAGAAGAGGAGUACGAAAGGAAUGAACAGGACGAAUCAGAGAAGAAUGAAACGAAGAAAAGAUUGAAAAGGGGGGAAAAAAUACAGAAGAAAAGAAAAAAGGACAAGAAACACAAAAGGGACAAGAGGUACGAAAAGGACAAACAACACAGACUGGACAAAGAAUACAUAAAACACAAGAUGGAAAAAAAGAUGGAAAAAAAGAUGGAAAAAAAGAUGGAAAAAAGGAUGGAAAAAAGGAUGGAAAAAAGGAUGGAAAAAAGGAUGGAAAAAAAGAUGGAAAAAAAGAAGGAUAAAAAGAAGGAUAAAAAAAGGAAAAAAGAAAAGUUGAAGGAACGGAUGAAAGAAAGGAUAAAAGACAUGUUGAUGAAUAAUAAAAAAUACGUUGGUAAUUACCUCAACACGUACGUGUCCAAUAAUAUACCAUUAUCUGUUGAUGAGAAUAAGUUUUUCUUUUGUUAUUUAAAGAUAGAAAUAAUAGAAGAUGAUGGAAUAAGAGUAGUUAAAAAAAAUUUAGUUAAUAAUAUAACACCAACUAGGUUUAGUGUUAAUGCUAGACCAGAAAAGGGAAGGAAAAAGGUAGCUUUUAAACAUGAAUCAUUAUUUGCAAACAAAAAUGAAGAAUACACAUCUAUUAUAAAUUCUGUUGAUAAAGGAAUAGAAAAUUAUGUGAACAGAACUGUAAAAUUUAUAGGAGUUACUAAUGAUAGUGACAAAUACAUGAUUGAAUAUUGUAAACAGAAAAUUUUAAAAAAAGAUAAAUCCUUGUUAUGUUUAGAUAACAGAAAACUAGUUGCUCGAAUUUGUAGUAAAAAUAAAAUUCCUCUCUUAUGGAUUAGGGUAGAUAAUGAUUUUUUUAUUUUAGGAAGAAUUAGAAGAACUCAGAGUGUUAGUAUGUGGGUACAGCAACUAUUUAAUGACAAUAAUAUUUUUUCACAAUUAGAAUCUUCUUUUGCCUUAGCCUUUAUUCCCUUUUUUUACCUGAACAAAAAUGUAACUACCCAUUUUGGUGAGUACAAAAAUAAUUAUUCUUUGCAUCAUGAUAAUAUCAACAGUAUUAUUAAUAACAAUACUAUUAACUCAAAUAGCAAUAUGAAUAACCACAGUGGUGCCAACUACAACGAAGAAGGGAAUAACAAUCAUAGAAGUAUGAACCAGGGUAUUGAUAACAACGAGGAGGAUGCAGGAGCAGCGUCUAUGCAAUUUAUAAAUUCUGUCUUAUAUAAUACACAAAAUAAACAUAAAAAGAGUAGCUUUCAUUUUGGCAAUAUUGUUACCGAUGUAUCUUUAAAUAGUGGGAUGAAUAACGAUAUUAUGAAUAAUGCUCCAUUUAACUUAGAAAAGGAAAACAACGAAAACAAAAGGAAUCUGCUAAAUAAUGGUGUUGUAUCAACUACUUUAAUUAACGACAAAAUUGUAAGUGUACACAGAAAAAAGAAGAAUGCAUUAAAUAACAUUCUCCAUGUUAAUUAUAACCAAGUGACAAACUUUGAUAUAGAAAAUAAUAAUGAAAUAGAUAAUAAUGAAAAUGAAAAUACUACGUAUAACCAAAUUAGAAAUAAUAACAUGAACGAUGGUGUAAACAAUAAUAAAGGAAAACUAGCUAACCAGUUUCAAAAUGAUGCACAGAGUGACUUACUUAAGAUAUAUAAUUAUACUACUCAGAGUAGCAGUUCAGGAAGUGGUUCCGAUUACUUAGAUUGUAAUUUCACUACUUCUACCAUCGAUGAUUUCAAUGAACAAGGAAACAAUUCCGAUAAGAAUUACUCCUCUACUAGCUACAAAAAAAAAAAAGUUUAUAAAAAGAGAUGGACAAGUAAUAUAUCAGUUUCUAAUAUACCAAUAAAUGUAGAAGUCAUUAAAUGUUUAUAUAAAUCUAUCAUUUCAGAUUACCUACAUUAUUUAGUAAAAAUUAGAUGUAUAUAUUCUCUAUGUUUUAUUCAUAAUAAAUAUAUUUGUACACAGAAAAUUGUACAGAAUUUAUUUUGUGAGUAUUUAAGUUAUUUUCAUGAAAAUAAUUUAAAUCAGAAAAAAUUUAUGCAUGCAUUUUAUAUCACUUUAUCACUUUUAAGAAAUAAAAAUAAUAGGACGCCAAAAAUUAUUCUUUUCUUACUUAUUCAAAGAUGUGCAAACUUUGUGUAUUCUCUAAAUCUGAAUGAUAAGUAUAAUAUAAAAAGGGAUUUACAAAAAACAGAGCAAGACACAAGAAUGAAAUGCAUCCACCUUUGCUCUUACAAAAAUGUAGGUAGUUCAGACGACCACUCGGUUAAACGGAUGGUUAAGCAAGAGGAUAACUAUUCGGACGGACAGUCGGUUAAACAAACGGUUGUCCAUUCAGACGCAGUGCAGUUAUCAGGACAGCCCUACGAAACUUUGUUACCCCUUAGGCCUUUGCUUUCCCUAAACAAUAUUGGCAAAAGUUAUGAUAGCAUAUUAGGUAAAACAGAAUAUAAACAUACGGACGGGAGUGCAAAUGUCCGUGUAGAUGCACAUGUAGAUAUAUGUGAAGAUACCCACACAGAGAAUAAUGAGAAGGGGAAAACAAGUGGGCAUGUAUAUACCCCUCCUCACGAGCAUGCGAACGAAUUACCCAACAGGAAAACUACCGAACAAAACAAGAAAUCAGGCAGUGGAAACGGCUGUGGCAACCCCAUCCAUAGUAACAACUUGAUAGAUAAAAUUGCAAAGCUAACGAACUGUUACACAAGCGAUAAGUACAACCAUUGUACAUGCAUUACUUAUAACAAAAAGUGUCUGAACUGUUCAGAAAAUAUGACACCAAAAAAAGUAGCCUUCAAGCAGAGAAAAAUUAUUUACGACAAAGACUUAAUUAUUCAAAAAGAGGAAGAGGAGGAUAUAAAGAUGGUGUUGGAAUGCCUAGGUAACAUUAAGUUUAAGAAGGAAUACACCUCGUGCAGGGUGAACAGUAUGUUUUCAUCAGCAAAAGAUCAUAAAUGGUGCAGCAAGGAGCAUUUGUUUUGUGAAUAUCUUUCAAGCGUAACAAGAAGUAGAAGAGGUAACAUCGCUGGUAAUAAUAACACUGGAAUUGAUGCUACCAAUAGUGCUUCUGCUAACACUUCUAAUAACGUGUGGAAUCAUCCGUACCAGUGCGUUAAAAAAAAGAGGAAAAAAAAAAAAAAAAAUUAUCAUGCGUAUGACUUCUUCGAUAUUAACAUAUAUGAUGAUAAAAAAUUACAAAAUCAUUUUUUAAAAUUAAGAAAAACGAAGAAAGAAUAUGUGGAAGAGUUGAUAAAUUUGAUAUAUCUAAUUUAUCAGUUAAAAAAGUUAUCCCCAUAUUUGCCCAUAUCUGAUUAUAUUGUCAUGCUCCUAUUUAGAUCAAUUAGUCGAAACAAGAAUUUACUCGACAGAUUUAAGGAAAAAAUGUAUUUAGAAAAUAAAGAACAUUUUGAUUUUUGUGAGUACCUACCGAAUAGUAUCAUUCACUCAAAAAUAAGUAGUUAUAUAUAUCCAAAAAAUGCAUCAUUUUUUUUGAUGGAAAUUUUGCGAGCACUUGUACAUUUGAUACUAGAGGGGAAUAUUCGUAUAUUUCAAAUUUUUUACAAAUCCACAGAAGAGGCAUAUGAGCAAAAUGAUAGCUUCUCCAUAAUGCAUGGAGGUCUAAAAACAUAUCUUGAGCAGGACCAGAAAAAAAUUUCUCAGAAGAGACUAUUCGAUAACUUCCCAAGUAGUAACAAUCCUACUGACAAGAAAAGCGAAAAUAAUGGUAUCAAGAAGGGGAAUAUUUUUCAGUUUUCAAAUAACGGAACAAAGAGAACAUUUUCAAGAGACUGUCAACAUGAGGAAAAUUUCUUUUUUGCCUCUACAUAUACAAAUUAUAUAGAGAGGAAGGUUAUAUGUAGCCAUCUGUUAAACAUACAUACCGCUCUUCAAUUUUGUUAUAUAAUUAUACAAAAAUAUAGUGACUGUGAAUUAGAAAUGUUAAUAUGGAAUAAUUUUUAUCAAAUCCUUCUAAUAUUUCAACAGAAAUACCCUUUUUUAUUUUUACCCUUUUCAAGAAAUUUUGAUAAAUAUUUUAAAAUAUAUCAGAAAAGAAAUUAUACUGUUUUUGAAUUUUAUUAUUUUCUAUAUGGUUUAAGUGAAGUAAACGAAUUUGAAAAACAAAAUUUAAGUCAAGACAAAAUAAACAUAACACAAGAGAAUAACAGAUAUAACAAAAUAGACACUAAUGAAUAUGUGCAUAAUUACAAUUUACAGAAUAUUUUUAAUAGAAAAAGUUAUACUCACUUACUUUCUUCUUUAAAAAACAGAUCUAUAGUAAUUUAUAAAUAUACUAUUGUUGGUUACAUAAAAUUAUUACAUAUUCUGAAGAUAGUAAAAAAUGCAAAUAAAUUAAGAAAACAUUUUAUUCAAAUAACUUAUAUAAAACGUAUGGUUAAAUAUAUCAAUCAUUUUUUGAGAACACUAAUUGUUAAUGCAUCAAAUGUAAAUGUAAACUAUUUUAAAAAUUCUAUUAUAUAUGACUUGAAAAAUAUACUCAUAUUUUUAUAUGGGCUGAGCAGUAUCUCAAGCAAAGGCGUCCAAAUAAACGACCUAAUAAAAUUCUUGCGAACAUAUUACGACAACGAUAAAUUACUGGAGUGGAAAAUAGUUGCCUCGGAAUUCGUUAAUAUUUUGAAAAAUAUGAAGGAGCUUGAACUGUUUGUAGACAACCCAAACACAUCACUACGUAAUUUCAACUGCGCCAAAGAAAACACAUGGUUAGCGUUGAUCAGCGCCAAGUUAAGAAACAACAUUUAUAAAUUACCAAUGGACUUGAAAAGAGAUAUAAUCCUUUUAUUAAAAAAUAUUCGCUUAGUGGAUAUGUACCUAGGUACUAAUCAUUAUGAAUAUAUUAAUAAUAUUUUUACGGUUUGUUGGUUUAUAAUUGUAAAAAUAUUUCAAAAUUAUGAAAAAAGCAAGAGAAAUACUUGA